GAGCGUCAGUUAGCGGAAAACGAAACAAUAACUAAUUUGCGCUCGGGGGCGAUAUUUGCAAGCUUGAUCUUAGCAAAAUAAAGUUUCAGCUACAAGCUACUAAAAUGAAUGAAGUUAAAACGGAGACACAAGAAGAAAUUAAUGACGAAGAUGACACGACACAUGCAACUGUUCAGUGGUUUGAAUCUUUGGAACUCGCAAAACAGGCGAUUAAAGAUCAUGAAAUAGAAACUCUUUGCAAAUAUAACUUUCUUCGAAGUUCAACUUAUGAUUCACAACACCGCAUACGAUGGGAUGCAGAUUGUAUUCCAUAUGUAAUACAACGUUCGUAUAAAUUUGAAUGCCAACAUGGAAAAAAUAGAAACAAAAUAAACAACACGAAACGCCAGAGUGCGGUCUUUUCUGAGAGAAAGAAAACUUAUAAUUGUGUAAAAGAAUCAAUUAAAAAAGAUUGUCCAGCUUCUGUAACAAUAAGAGAAGCUUUCAAGUUCCCUAAUUUUCAGGUGUUUAAUCCAACUUUACGUAAGAAACGAGUAAAGUCCAAGUGUUUACGUCGAGCUAUGCAACUUAAUCAACCAUUAGAUAAAGUUAAUGGAUGUUAUGUUAAGUUCCCAACUAACAGUGAACACCAAGGACAUGCAUUGGGUGAAUCUGCAGGUAGUAUGCAGCAAAUGGAUGCAGCAGUCAUCAAUAGAAUUAAAAUGUUGGUUGCCCAAGGAGUAAAAUCUAUACCACUAAUUAAAGAGAAUUUAAAAAAGUUUGUAUUAGAAGAACUCUUUAAGGAUAAACCACCUCCUGCAUUGACCAAUAGAAGAUUUUUCCCAACAGAUAAAAACAUUAGAAACCAUUGUUAUUCCGCCGCUGUGAGGCUUGGUAAACAGUCAAUACCAGAUGAUGAGUUUUUGCUUGAAACAGUUAAACCCGAUAUUUAUAACAAUAAUAUGGUCAAUAUUAUUAUUGAGUCAACAGAAGUUGUUGAUACAAAUCAAACUGCCCGCUUAUUGGAGUUAGUUGACUUAAUAAAAGAUGCCAUACAUGGUGUUACUUCAGUGGAUACUUUGGUUCAAGCAGAGGUUUUGUUGCAGCAAACAUUACAACUUGUUCAAAGUUCCCAUGAGAACACUGAAAGUACUUUAUGCAACCAAACUGGUUCAUUAAACAAGAAAAGAAAACUUCCAACUGACACUGAAAGUACUAAUGAUCAACAACUAAAACGUCGGAGGAGUGAAACUAUUUUGAGAAAUCGUUCAGAUGAAGACAGAUUACAGCAACCACUUGAUAUUCAAACAACAUCCAGUGAAUCUGGGAAUGCAAUUGUUCCUUAUGUCAUUGGUGGAAGUAUUGAACAUACCAUGGAAGGUACAUCUCUAUCAAAAGUUUUGCUGGAUAUUAAAGUCAGUGAUCCAAGCCAAGAAUUAUUAAAGAUAGGACCUUAUACAAUUACAUAUGGACAAUUGUUAACAUUGGAAUCAGAGUUGAGUAUAACAGAAUAUGAAUCUGCAUUAGCGCAUGAUCAUCACCUUACUAUUGGAUGGUUAUCUGAUGCCAUUAUCAACAGUUACUUAUGGCAGUUAUGUUCAAGUUAUGAUCAUGUGAUAUAUGCUGAUACAAAUAUUGCUGAGGUUAUGAAACAUGGUGGGUCCAUUGGUCAGUUAUGGCAAAAUGGUAAUUUGAAUGACAAAGCUUUGGCUUUUAUUCCAUGGAACCCUAGAGGUUUACAUUGGGUUUUACUUGUGAUUGACAUCAAACAACACAAACUUUUAUAUUUGGAUCCAAAUCAAUCUGAUGAUAAUAAUAGAAACAAGGAUAUGUAUAAAGCAAAGUCUGUUAUUGAAAAAUCAUUAAUGAACAAAUUCAACUUCUCUUUGUCUUCAAUUGCCACAAAUUCGAACAAAACUUCUCAAAAUGAUAAUUUUAACUGCGGUGUGUACAUAUGCAUGUAUGCCCUAUGGUUAACAAAGGGAAUGAAUCUAAUACAACCUAAUAAACCACAUUUAUAUCGAAGACAAAUAUUCAACACUAUAAUCGGACAUUGUUCACUUAGUGUUGAAAACAAAGACAUUUGUAAAGUUUGUCAAUUUGAUGUUAAAGAUAACAUCAGCACUGCUUUAGAAUGGGUUCAAUGUUUUGCAUGUAAACAAUGGUAUCAUAGUCGUUGUGUUGGUCUGAGUGAUGAUCAAGUACUUUGUAAUUUCAAUUUUGUUUGCCCUGAAAUAUGUUACUGUUGAAAUUCUAUUUGUAUCAAAUAAAAGCAAAAGUAGUGAAA